AUGAGUAGAGAGCAGAGUACGCCACUACUGAGUAAACCAUCUUGCAGGGGGGGGGGCAAGGAGAAGCCAAGGAGAAGCCAAGGAGAAGGCAAGGAGGAGGAGGAGAAGGCAAGGAGAAGCCAAGGAGAAGGCAAGGAGAAGCCAAGGAGAAGCCAAGGAGAAGGCAAGGAGAAGGCAAGGAGAAGCCAAGGAGAAGCCAAGGAGAAGCCAAGGAGAAGGCAAGGAGAAGCCAAGGAGAAGGCAAGGAGAAGCCAAGGAGAAGGCAAGGAGGAGGAGGAGAAGGCAAGGAGAAGCCAAGGAGAAGCCAAGGAGAAGGCAAGGAGAAGGCAAGGAGAAGCCAAGGAGAAGGCAAGGAGAAGCCAAGGAGAAGCCAAGGAGAAGGCAAGGAGAAGCCAAGGAGAAGCCAAGGAGAAGCCAAGGAGAAGGCAAGGAGGAGAAGCCAAGGAGGAGAAGCCAAGGAGGAGAAGCCAAGGAGGAGGAGGAGAAGCCAAGGAGGAGGAGGAGAAGCCAAGGAGGAGGAGGAGAAGCCAAGGAGGAGGAGGAGAAGCCAAGGAGGAGGAGGAGAAGCCAAGGAGGAGGAGGAGAAGCCAAGGAGGAGGAGGAGAAGCCAAGGAGGAGGAGGAGAAGCCAAGGAGGAGGAGGAGAAGCCAAGGAGGAGGAGGAGAAGCCAAGGAGGAGAAGCCAAGGAGGAGAAGCCAAGGAGGAGAAGCCAAGGAGGAGAAGCCAAGGAGGAGAAGCCAAGGAGGAGAAGCCAAGGAGGAGAAGCCAAGGAGGAGAAGCCAAGGAGGAGAAGCCAAGGAGGAGAAGCCAAGGAGGAGAAGCCAAGGAGGAGAAGCCAAGGAGGAGAAGCCAAGGAGGAGAAGCCAAGGAGGAGAAGCCAAGGAGGAGAAGCCAAGGAGGAGAAGCCAAGGAGGAGAAGCCAAGGAGGAGAAGCCAAGGAGGAGAAGCCAAGGAGGAGAAGCCAAGGAGGAGAAGCCAAGGAGGAGAAGCCAAGGAGGAGAAGCCAAGGAGGAGAAGCCAAGGAGGAGAAGCCAAGGAGGAGAAGCCAAGGAGGAGAAGCCAAGGAGGAGAAGCCAAGGAGGAGAAGCCAAGGAGGAGAAGCCAAGGAGGAGAAGCCAAGGAGGAGAAGCCAAGGAGGAGAAGCCAAGGAGGAGAAGCCAAGGAGGAGAAGCCAAGGAGGAGAAGCCAAGGAGGAGAAGCCAAGGAGGAGAAGCCAAGGAGGAGAAGCCAAGGAGGAGAAGCCAAGGAGGAGAAGCCAAGGAGGAGAAGCCAAGGAGGAGAAGCCAAGGAGGAGAAGCCAAGGAGGAGAAGCCAAGGAGGAGAAGCCAAGGAGGAGAAGCCAAGGAGGAGAAGCCAAGGAGGAGAAGCCAAGGAGGAGAAGCCAAGGAGGAGAAUUUCUAUAAACCUAGUGCAAAAUUCAUUAGGGAUAUACUCCCAGGUUGUGUUCCACCACAAGCCUUACGUUAA